AUGAGUCGCCCGGUCUGCUUCCUGCUGACGCUCCUGCGCCUCGCGGGCCUCUCCCUCGCCCUGCCCUCCCUUUCCUCCUCCUCCUCCUCCUCCUCCUCCUCCGCCGCCGUCGUCGGGGUCGACCUCGUCUUCCCGCGCAACGACACCGUCUACCGCCCCGUCUGGCCCUUCCCCAUCGUCUUCGCCGUCCGCAACGCCUCGCAGCUCUGGCCCUCGGACGACGAGCACUUCUCCUUCUGGGUCAGGUGGGACCUGACGGGCUACACCGACAUCAACGACCCGGACACCGGGCAGCUCUUCACGUCGGGCGUCUGGCAGACGGACAAGCUCAACCGGACGACCGAGGCCGUCGUCGCCGUCAUCGACGCCUCGCGGAGGGACCUCGUCGGCGCGCCCCAGCGCCAGUUCCGGCUCAAGUACACGGCCACCAUGUUCGGCAGCUGCCCCGUCAACGCCACGGCCGAGGGCGCGGACUCGCGGCCGCAGGAUCUCUCCCACGACGGCCACGUCCUCUUCACCACGACCGACCCCUCCGCCGCCGGCGCGGGGCAGCUCCCGGCCAUCGUCGCCGACGAGACCACGUGCCCGUCGCCCGUCGGCCGCUUCGAAAUCACUGGCUCCCGCCACGAAUCGGGCGCCCUCUGCCCCGUAGCGGCCUCUUCUUCCGGGUCGCCGUCCUCUUCCUCUUCGACAGCCUGCGGGCUCGAGAUGGACGGCUCGCUGGCGGACGAGGUCGAGAGGACCAUGCUCGACCGCGCCGGCUGUCCGCGGGGGACCUGGCCUGACCCCGACGGGGGGCUCUCGCCGACCUCGUGCAACGCGGUCAGCAGCAGCGGCGGCGGCGUGGCGGGCGCCAAGAGACUCGGCGCUCGUGCCACGGGGGUCUCGGCGCUCGUGUUGACCUUGGCCGCGUCCUGGGCGUUCGUCUGA